UACGGCUUGGUGGGCGGUUUCCCGCGCCGAGCGCUGAGCUGGCCGCUGCGCUGCCGCCUAGCAGCCGCGCCGGGCCGUAGCCGAACCCCGCGUUCCGGAGUCGCCGCAGCCCGCGCGGCUGUUGAGCCCAGCGCGCUUCGCGGUGCCCAGACCCGGCGCACGGGGAGUCGGGGGCGCGGUCAGCUCGCUGCGCGGGGCCCAGGGCUGCCGCCGCCUCCCCCAACGCAAGGCGCAGCAGCUGAGUGAAGCCACAGACGCCCUGGUCUCUUGCCUGUUGUCCUCAUGAGGAAAACCAACAUGUGGUUCCUGGAACGGCUUCGGGGGUCUGGGGAGAACGGAGCCAGCCGCGGGGUGGGUGGAGAGGCUCGGGACAAGGCCGCCAAGGGCCCCCUUUAUAGCAACGUGCUGACUCCGGACAAGAUCCCCGACUUCUUCAUCCCACCCAAGCUGCCCUCAGGCCCCACAGAGGCUGAAGGGCAGGCGGACCUGGGCCCGUCCACCUCAGAGCAGAACCUGGCCUCGCCUGGGCCCCGCCGAUCGCCUCGCAGCCCCAGGCUGCCGGUCAAGCUGGCCUCGGAGAGCAGGAGCCUGCUGAAGGCAGCCACACGGCACGUGAUUCAGAUAGAGAGUGCAGAGGACUGGACAGCCGAGGAGGCCACCAACGCCGACCCCCAGGCACAGGGUGCCAUGUCACUGCCCUCUGUGCCCAAGGCACAGACGUCCUAUGGCUUUGCCACACUGGCGGAGAGUCCCCAUACCAGACGCAAGGAGUCCCUUUUCCACAGUGAGCACGGGGCCCUGGCCCAGGUGGGCUCCCCUGGCGCUGGGCGCCGGCGAGCAGGUGCCAAGGCCAAUGGGGGUGAUGGGGGAUCCCGGGAGGUUGGGGGGACCCUCAUGAGCCCCAGCCGCUACUUCAGUGGCGGGGAAAGUGACACAGGGUCCUCUGCGGAGUCCUCCCCCUUCGGGUCCCCUCUGCUCUCUCGCUCCGUGUCGCUGCUCAAGGGCUUCGCCCAGGACAGCCAGGCCAAAGUGAGCCAGCUGAAACAGUCGGUGGGUCGCCAUGGCUCCCUGUCUGCCGACGACAGCACGCCAGACACCAGCCCAGGUGUCCGUCGCCGCUUGACCCGCAGGGCCACCCCGGAGCCGGGCCCUGAGUCUGGCCAGGCCCCACGUGGAGAGCACACAGUGCGGAUGGGCACCAGGGGCAGCGUGCGGCUGCUGGCGGAGUACGAGGCGGCUCAGGCCCGCCUGCGUGUGCGCCUGCUGGCGGCCGAGGGUCUCUACGACCGGCCCUGCGACGCCAGGAGCAUCAACUGCUGCGUGGGGCUGUGCCUGGUCCCCGGGAAGCUGCAGAAGCAGCGGAGCACCAUCAUCAAAAACAGCCGCCACCCCAUCUUCAACGAGGACUUCUUCUUUGAUGGCCUGGGCCCAGCCAGUGUGCGCAAGCUGGCCCUCAGGAUCAAGGUGGUCAAUAAGGGGAGCAGCCUCAAGCGGGACACACUCCUGGGGGAGGAGGAACUGCCACUGACCUCUCUGCUGCCCUUUCUGUGAGGUCACCGGCUCCUCCCCUCCACACUUGCGCUCAGCGGAGGGGGCGGGGUGGGCGUGCCCUGCGGCCCUGCGUUCCCUGGAUCUCUCUUUGUUGCUCUUUUUUUGGAGAAGAUGGGCCGCUCUCUAGACCGGCGCGCCCUCUUCCACCCUAUGAUACUGCUUGGCCCAUCCACGUAGAGUUGUGGGGGUUCUUAGCGGUCCCAGGAUCCCGGUUACCUGAGGCAGCUGGGACUCGGAGAUGAGUUCCCUGAGUGGGGAACAUUGUUUCUUUUUCCUUCGCUGCAACAAGGUGUUUUUCUCCACAGCAUGGGUGCGCAGAGACCUCCCAGUCUGAGGGAGGUCAUCCUCUCUGGCGAGGCUGGCUCCAGGUAGGCCCAGGCUCCCAAAUUCUGGCUAAGGCACCACAGGAGGGCUUGGCCUUCAGGCUGGAGCUGAGGAGACUGGUGCGCCUGCCAGAGCGCACCAGGAGCGGAGGGAUGCGGUGCCAAGGCUCCUUGGCAUAGGCUUCCCUCCACUCCUGCUGACCAACCAGAGCCACCUGUAACUCGGAGCUUCUGCCUCAAGCCUGUGGCUCCUUUCCCAUCCUGCGAGCUACGCCUUCCCAGGGUGCCCUUGGCCAGCAGCUCUUUGCUCCGGAGUGUAAAUAGUGUGUGUGUUGGGGGGAGGGCCCUGGGCUGUGUGUGUGUGGCUUUCCUGGACAGGAAACCCUGGUGGGUUGGGAUGCAUGGCUGCUGUACUUCACACAGACUCAGAACAGAAUGGACUGACUGGUGGGCGCUGGUGGACCGGGGGACCCUGCAUCUCUUUCUCUGUUGCUGACUCCUCAGACUCUGAAAGCCGCCCUAGGAAAGGGCAUGGAAGCUGAUUGCUUGGACCCUUGAGGCUGACUGGCACCUUGGAGUUGACUCCUUCCCAUGCCCUGUCCCCAUGGUCUCUGGAACUGGGCCACACCAGACACCUGGGCUGGCCACUAUCGGGGGAGGGCAGAAGGUCUGGGGGGGGGUCCCCUGCUGUUUUCUAUCUCCCAUCCCCUAUGCUCUGCGAGGUCCCAUUUUUCUACACCCUGCUCUGUUUGAUACCUUUGUGUUUGCUGCUGACUGUAUGUGAAUCUUUGAGACGCCUCCCCCAAAUGUGUUUGUUUAUAAUGCCGUUUUUAGUGCAGUAAAGGUGUUUGGGGAGUGCGGGGGGCGCAGGUCUGCUCGCUUUGUGUUUAAUAACAAAGGAGUGCCUCUGUGGAUGGCUGGCCGGGUGGGGAGCGUGGGGAGAGGAGGAACUUUCGCACACUCCCACUCUGCCGAAGAGGGAGGGAGACGCCAGCCUGUUGUGAUGAGGACUCACAGGCCUGAGCGCUGGGGCUCCGUCCGCAUCAGCUCAGCCCAUCUCACAACAGCCGGCAGAGUGGACAUUGUGGUUACCCCAUAGGGUGCCGGAGGCUGGGAGUGGAGUCGAGCCUGGCAGUCCCAGAAAGCCGUCUCCUUUUUAGGUCUUGCCAACUUGGGGACUCUUUAGGCACUGUCAGUUGUCAGGAACUAGCCCAGUCCUGUCUGGCCCAGUGAGACCCCAAGACAGGUCUGGAGGAUACUGCCUGAGCAGCAGGCGCUUUCCACAGGAAGCCCUCUGGGGACUCUGAGCUGGAACACAGUUUUCUCUGCAGUGACUCGCUGUGUGGGGGUGCGUCUGACGAGAGUUGGGACAGGGUCAUCUAGUCCCUGGGAGUCACCCGAGUACCAUGGACAAGGCACCCACAGUGCUGGGUGAGGAUGCCUUAGCUGGGCAGUGGGCUGGAGGCAGAAGGUCCUGCUGCCCCUCAUCAGCUUGCUGGCCACUGUGGCCGAUGUGGGCUCCUCACCGCUGUCCUGUGGGUGGGUGGGACCUAUGCUAAGGGGAAGAGCUACCAUACCAUGACACCUGUGAUGUUCUACCAGCCUGGGCAUGAGUAACAGCGAUGGAGGAAAGAUACUGGGCAGGCCAUGGCCACAUGGGAAGGGCUGGGCUGGCUUUGUCCAUGGCUAAGGAGGCUGGGCUCCUUAGCCCAGUGACUGCUGUUCAGAGCCGUGGACUGACUUCCAGCACAGGGCCCUGCUCCUACUGUCUACCCAAAGCCCCGUGGCCUCUCUCAUCCCAGCAAGGACCCUAUGUCCCUCUGGUCCCAGGAAAAGACCCUGUGUUGCUCUCUGCCCCAGGGCACAUCAAGUCCUCAUGCUGCCACUGGGAACCCCCUGCCGGCCUAGGGUCCAUAGCAACCCCUCCUGCCAGUGGCAGAUGAAUAGCACCACUGAGCUAAAGUCCUGGGAUGUGUUGCCAGGGCAACGGGGCUUCUCCUUGGCCACCUGUGUGCCAUUCCAGAGCUGAUUCAUCUCUUGGAAGCAAGUGUUCUAUGUGUUCACCCUGACACCCGAUGUUACUCUGAACACACCCCUGUCUUGGUUUGUACACUUGUGUGUUUGCCUGUGCCCGUAUGUAACGUGUGUGUGCCCCAUGGCCACAGGUGUGGCCCUAUAUGGCAUCAUCAUUCCCCAUAUCAUUUCUGCCUGGAGCUGAGGGCCCCUUUGAGCCUGGUCCCCACUCUGCCUCAUGCUUCCUGGGAGGACACCCAAGGGAGCACAGAUGGGGUCCCUCACUGCCUGUUGCCAUGAAUCCCAGGAGACCUCUUCUCUGCCUGGCAACAGCCAGGGUACUCAGGCCCCAUGGUCUGUGGCGAUGGCAGAGGCAGGUGCAAGUGUCAGCACGCACUCCGCCAGCGGCUUCCAUCCUGCCUUGAAGAUGCAGUGGGCAACCAGGUCCUAUAAGCACAAGUCUCUUGGCAGAUUCCACUCACAGCUGAGGGUGAGGGUAACAUCCGUGUUGGCUUCCUGGGUCUAGCUGUGCCUGACCUCCCAUGGCUGGGUGCCCUUUCAGCUUGGAGAGGUGAUGCAGUCCCCUCUGCUCCAGCCUGAUGAUUUCCAUCAACAAUACUGGGGCAGUGAGCCUCAUGGCUGAGGAGUGAGGUUCCUGUCCUGGCUGCCCCAAGACAAUGCAGACAGGGGACACAGCUGCAGAAGCCUCCGCUGUGCACACUCACAGAACUGGGGAGGGAAUGAAGAGGGCACGAGCCUCCGCCUGAGAUGUGCAGAAGGCACUGAACCUACGAAGGGCCUUGGGCAGCAGGGCUGUCUCACCAGCGCUCUGUGUGGCCUAGCUGGCCCUCUUGCCAAGGCUCCCAUGAUCUCUGAACCCCCACCUGCCCUCCCUAAGCCCGCUCACUGCCGUGGGGUACUGUGGCUGUUUGCAGCCUCCAGUUUUCACUUGACAGUGUGGGGUUCCAGCUGAGCUUGAAAAGCUUCCUCUGCCACACCCCGUGGUGUGUGUGUUUGUGUGUGUGUGCGUGCGCACGCGUGCGCGUAACUGUGGGCUCAGUCCUCAGCUCUGCAAUGGUAAUUAACAUAAUCUAUUAGGUUGUAAUUGCAGGUUGUCUGAGGCAGUGGCUCCCCAUGGUCAUCCCUCUUCCUCCCUCCUCCUCCCUCCGUGCUCGCCUCAGCCGGAUCAGCUGACUUCGGGUUGAAGAGGGAGGAAGGGCUGCAGGGCAGUGAGCACAGACUGGCAAUUGAGUAAACACCUCAGUAAACUAUGAGGUGUUUACAGGUGUGGCUUGUGGGCUGGCCACCUGUUACCCACUUUACUGUGGCUGGUAUAAGCCCCUGCCCCAGGGUCCCUGCUGGUAGGUAGGCCUCUGGUUCAGGGCUGCUCCCAAUACAGGUCGCCUUGCUCCGUGACUCAGUUUCCUCCCCAGCACCCUGCAUCCUACCCUGAUGGUGCUUUGGGAGAGUAUAGAGACUGACACACAGCACCUGUGUUCUCUCACUGGAGGGCUGGGUGGGAGUCAGUCUCUCCCCAUUGCCAGGACAGAGGGCAGGGCUGGGCCUGACUCCUGGGAAUGGGGGGGUGGGUCUGUCAAGUCUACUGGGUAUCUUGGUUGAAGGGGGGGGGGGGCUUUAGACCUCGGGGGAUCAGCCUGGACUGCCCUGCUUCAGAGCUUCCAUGCCACACAACGCCAUGCCACAGGAGAGCCCUCAUCUAGGGUGAUAACAAAAAGGCAAGAGUGAUGUUUUCGUUCCUUUCCAUGCUCUGGAUUUUUCUUAAGACAUAUGAUGGCCAAAUGAUACAGCCAGCACUCAGGACACCAGCUGCAUGCAGUAAGCGCUCAAUGCAUGAUGGCUGCACACAGCAAACAAUGCCUUCUCUGCACUCAGUAUACCAACUGCAUGCAGUAAGCGCUCAGUGCGCACUGGCUGCACACAGCAAACAGUGCCUUCUGUGCACAUAGAGGGUACUCAGUGUUCAUUAGUUGGUACUCAAUGUAGCCGCUGAGUCUGUAGAAGAAGGAGGGACUCCAUGGUGGCUCAUGUCCCUGGGAAGGAGUUCCAGAUGACAUCCCUAACCCUCUCUCAACUUGGGCACCCUAGAGCAACAGAUGUGCAGUGAUCCCCGCGACCAGGUGCCAGCUGGAUGCACUUUGCUCUCUUCUGCCCUCUACCAGGACAGAUGGCUAACUGUGGAGCCUGUUGGCACACAGAGUGUUGCCAGGCGCACUCAGUACCUGUGACACCUCUCUGCUCUUCUCAGCUCCCUCCCCACCCCUAUACUAAACCUGUCCAGCCCAGCCUUCACUUCCCUCCCAGCUUCUGAUGCCCAUAAAAACCUUCCAUUUCGGCCUUGUGUGCUCUUUACCCUUUUCCUGGUCCUCUGUUCUUGGCUCCUGUGCAGGCGCUAGUUUUCCAAAUACUAGUUUAUUUUGGGGUUCCUUAAAGCUUAUAUCUCCCCUCUAAUCCCCCAAACCCAGGUAGGGGAGAAAGAAGGUUUUAUGGGAAAGGGGACAUGGCUCUCUUCUCACUGGGUAGGGUCAUGGGAUUCUUUCUCGGCCAAUAGCACCAACAUCUGCUGUCAGGAAAUCCAGAAGUCCAGGCCACCGGCAAACCAGCAAACAGCAAACGCAGCCUCAGGAUGAACCAGCAGUAAGCAGCCUCCUCCGACUCCUCCAAGCUGCUGCGCCUUCUUCCUCUGGGCUGCCCCAUAUUUAUACCCCUCAAAGUCCUCAGAAUUCAACUAACUCCAGCUGGCAAAGACCAUGCUCUGCCCGAGACAAUUAACGGGUGUGGAUUCACUAAAAUCUCUCACUUGGGAUUAUAACAAAAACACGUUUACAUAUCAUAAACCAAAAUGUCCAAUCCACUCCUGGUUCCUUGUCUUGCCCUCUCUCUCCUCUUCCUCUCUUGCUGUCCCCCAGCUCUCCUCUUACCAGCCUGGUCUGUUCUGCUGGCCAUGUCCAGUCUACUACUUUCUCCAGCUGCCUAUGGCUGUUCUGUCCCUCAUAUCCACAAUAAAACCCUUCUUCUCAACCAUA